CCUAAGAGCUGGGCCUGGACUCACCAAACAGGUGACUCUGUCACAUCCACCAUAGCCGAGCCAUACACUGGGGACUGCGAGGGACGUCACCAAAGAAGAUGUUUAAAUGACAGCUGCAGCCAAAUGACAAAAAGCAGGCCAGAAGCAGUAAGACUGCUAAACUUUACUUAGACAACAGCAAAGAAUGCACAAAAGCCUUAAAGGCAUAUACGAUUUGUCAUAAGAAGAAAAGAAUGCAGAAGUAGUUUAAAAGCCUUUAAAAGUUCAUCACAGUCUGUUUGCACACAAAUGUGUAGCGGAGGCCGAUAGCAGUAGGUUUCUAUUACAGUAUCUGUAGUUCCAAAUGUUUCUUUUUUAUUUCUUCGUUGCACCCACCCUAAGGCAACUCCAAAGUGUGCCGUUAUAAGUGAGGGAGCCCCGUGCAGGUUUAACUCUCGCCUUGGCCUUCAUUGUUGACCCGGGUGAACCUGUGCUGAAAAAUGGAGAUAGAUAAAGAUGCGUUGGACUGUACCGAGUUUCAUUCAAAAACAUUUUGCUCCUCUGUGCACUCCUCUCAUUUGUCUUCGCUGUUUUAGCCCGUUUCUCUAUUACUGAGAUUAGCUUUCCAUUCAUUUUAAAAUGGUAGAAAUUAAAGACGAGUGACAAGGAUCAGUGCUCGAUUUACCAAACUCUCCGAGCACGCCUGCUUUGGCACUAAUUUGUCCAAAACGCUCCCAAUUUCUGACGAGCCGAACAUCUUCACCCGCAGCCUCCCCGUCACGGCGUCUCCAAACUGGCGGCCAGCGGUGGGCGGGAGGCACGCGACACCUGGGCGCGCGCGCUCUCUCUCUCUCUGCCCCGCCCACUCUACGCUAGCUCGCCACUUCCGCUCGGCUGGGCAGACCGCGAAGGGAGCUUCACGAGAAAAAGCAGCGAAAGCCACCGGUAGGGAGGACGGCAGGUGAGGCUCGGUCGACCGUCCGUAGUGAUGUGCCGUCUGGAGGCAUCCGAACAGCUACCGCGUCCGCCCAGAUGGCCCCGGCCAAAGCAAGGAUCGUCACGUUGAUGUGAUCGCCGUGCUGGGGUUCUGCUUUUUUUGAGAAGCAGUAAACGACACGGCAGACGGUAAGAGACGCAGCUGGAGCCCCCUGCUAGAGCGCAAAGAGACGUGCGGUCGGACGACGGCCUUGUUUGGAACCGCAUUUCGACUGGAGGAGUCCACUCGUAGAGGGUGCCAUAGAAAGAACCUGCUCCUGUGUCCCUACCAGAUAUGGACCUGCUUGGACUAGACAGUAAAAUUGAGGGAAUAUUGGAAAUCUGGAAGGUCAAAGAUGAGGAGGGCACACAGAAGAACUCGGGAAUGGAAGAGCCUUGGUGUCUGCCAGCUGAAUGGAAAGUGAACAGUCUUCAUGGAAAUGAAGGCAAAGCCCAGCCAGAAGAAGCAGACGAAUUGAUCUCUUAUUCAUCGCAUGAAGAAUCGGAUCUCUCUCCGUCCUCCAAAAGUGAAGACAGAAGGAAUGAUGAAAAUGUAUUGACGUCUUCAAGAGCACAAGCAGAAGUGGCAGAGAGGAAGCAAGAAAGAUGCAGAGGACGACACUGGGAGAGUGAGAGCAAUGGCUUGCAGAGUCUGGCAGCCCUAAAGGGAAUGAUUGAGCGAAAGAGAGAGGAAGAGCAACACAUCCGAGAGGGGAGACAACGAGAGCGAAGGGAAAGCCUGCAGAGGGCUUGGACGCGAGAAGCAAUGAGAAACUGCUCUCUCGAAGGAUCCAAUUUUCUGUGUGGUCCUGGAAAGGAAAUGCAUUCAUUACAGACAUCUUCCGAGAACUGGAUCAGGGGAUAUCCUGCAGAGUGCAUCGAUGUCAGAGGUGCCGAGGAGAGCUCUUUGCAGAGCUUGGCAGCUCUGGACUGCAUGAUUAAACAGAAGGAGGAAGAGGAACAGCAAAUACGAGAUGAGAAGAGACAGCAGCGUUUGGAUGCCCAGCCUGAUGUACGGAUAUCUGAGAGCAGUCCACAUGUAGAGCACCGUCUGGCAGCCAGAGCACUCCAUGAUAAUGGAACUGCCAGGAUCCACUCAGACAGUGUAGAAGGACCUCAAUCAACGUCUCAGGACUCAGAAUGUUGCACUAAGUACUUAAAACCUCAGUUCGGUGAGGCUAAUGUGGACGUGUUACCUCCUGGUUCUCUCAGUUUGUUGAAACUUGAGGAAAUGUUAAUUCAGCAAGAGGCAGAAUUCAGCUUUUAUGGUAUCUAUGGCAAGGCUGGCUUCAGAAAAUCCAUGGAGGUCUCUCGGAGGUCAGAUGACUUCACUGUGGUUUUACAAAAUGCAGCAAAAGAUGUAAAUUCUACAAAUUUCAUUGGACGUUGCACUGAUAACGACUCUUAUGAGAACACUUGCACUCUUCUGAGUGAUCGGCUCCGAAGCACUAGAACCACUGGAAAUGUCUGUGAACACCCUGAAGAUCUGAUGGCUAGUAAGGUAAACGCUGAGGUUUCUCUGCUCAGUCACAGCUCAGCUCAGUCAAGUUCAGCAAAUGAGGAGACCAGUGGUGACAGUGAUGUGAGGCUCUCCUCACCUUCUGGAGAUGACAGAGGUAAUGGUUUGUCUAGUCAAAUUGUUAUCUCCUCACCAAAGUGUAGUAUAGAGGAUACAUGUAAGGGAAGUCUACAGGAAAACUCUGUGGGGCAAAAAAGAAAUGUCCAUAACGUCCUUUAUGAGAAUAACCUCUUAGGAGGCGCUCUGAAAACUAAAGAUUCCAGUCAAAGGCUGAGCGAGUCCAGUUCUCCUACCAGCAAUGCUUCAUUUGACAGUGACAUCAUUUUUGUCAAAAGUCAAAAACCUCCAACAACACCAUGCAAUGAUGAUGUCCUGUUUGGCAAUGAGGCAAGCCGUGGGAAGAAAGAGAAGAAUGUUACCGAGUCUGGUGACUUUAUUAUAACUGAUAAGCACCGUACACCACCGAGAUCUAACUCUGUGGAGCAAGAUGAUGACGUCAUCUGCAUUACUCAUCCAACUGACGGGACAGCAUCACAGAAGGAGGCUCCGUCCUGUAUGUUGAGCUUCGAGGAGGUCAUCAUUGUAUCCUCACAAGAGAAGUCUAAAGUGCAUGGCCGCUCCAAUCCAUCAGAUGCAAGGGAUGAUGGGAACAAGAGCAGAGAUAAAAACAUAACCAUCCCUUGUGUGUCUCCAGAAGAUCAUCAUAAUUCACAGAGACGACCUGAAAAAUCUGUGGAGGAUUGCAAAGAGAGUGACUCGCAGCAAAGACCUGAUGGCAUUUGUGACUUGGAUGUGACCAGAAGAGAAGAACAAGGUAACACUGCUCUUCCAGAAGCUUCUUCAUCUCUUGUUUGUUGUGUAAAUGAAAGCUCUACAAAGGACUAUUCAGUUCUCAAAAAACAUUCUGUGCAGAAUGCGGAAGAGUGCCAGGAGAAGAUGGAAGCAAAUAUGAGACCCUGUGAUGCCCUGCUGAUUACAACCAUUAAUGAGCGACAUAAUGCCGCAAGUUGUGAAAAAAAGGAUUUGUCUCAUAAGGUGAGCUUGGCGUAUGGCCAACCUGUCGAAGGACCGUUAGGUGUUGAGAAAUCCAUGUGCCAAAAGAAGGCUGGGGUUUGGGUGAACAUCAAUGCCUUAUCUCAAGGAGACCAUGCGGAGGCUCAGCCAGAUGUGAGCAGCCAGGUGGAAGAGGCCAUUAAGGUGAAGGUCUGCCACACUUUGACUCCUGAAGUUAUGAGCCAAAAUGAUCUGAAGAGUAAACGUGUAAGUGCCGACUGUGUUUCACAGGAGUUCAGUACUGUAGAUGUGCAGCGUGCCAGCUCCUCUGAUGACAAACCUCCCGCCUUUAUGUUGGACAGUGCAGGGCCUCAAGAAAGCAGUAGCGGGUCUACUGGAGACUGUAAGGAUGCAGUCAGUGGCCAAAAUAAGAAUACCAGGCUUCAGAAGGGAGUCCAGGCCUAUGGUAUGGCAUUGAGAAGCGACUUACAAAGCAAACGCCAGCAGCUUCAGGGGAACUCUGCAAGGUUAGAAAGGACAGUAGAUCUCCCUUUCCCUGUCCUGAAAUCCGUCACUAGCGCCCCACCAGCGAACAGACCAACUUCGGCCUGUGCCCCUGAAAACUGCAUCCUGUCUCUGAAGAAGUAUGUCAACAAUUUCGGCCUGCAAGCUCAUAGGACUGAACCGAUGGCCAUCAAUUCUUCAGCAGCCAAAGUGUGCCAAACUAGUGCCACAUCAGAGGUGGCCUGUGGCAAACUUCCAGUACUCUGGAAGCAAAACUGGGAUGGAUUUAGACAAAGCGGAUAUGACCACCAGGCCAGCUCAGGAGAAGACCCAACUGUUCCAUCAGCUGUGGAAGUUGUUACAUCUGCGCCUGCCAUCAGCAGUGAACGAACUCGAUUAUUCCGGAAACGCCUCUCAUCUGAAGACAAGAAUCAAGAAGCCAUUCCUGCUCUGGCGAAAAGAAACUGUACCAUAGACCGCAAUCUGGACGUGUGGGGCUCCAUGCCAGCGGGGACCCCAGAACUUAACAAGAGACAUGACGUGAAAGAAAAAUCAAACGUCCAACCAGAGGUGAGCCCGGACCCUAGAGAGCUAGCAGUUGGUGCCAGGAUGUGGGAGGAUGAGAGUGACCAGGUGGUCGCACUGAGUAAGAAACCCACAUUUGAUAAAAGCACAAUGUGUGCCCUCCUGGACAUUAAACCACAGGCGCUGUAUGACCUCUCUGGCCAGGCGGAUGAAAACAAGCAAGAGAGGGGAGGCAGAGUCAAAGACGUGGGACUGAGUGGUUCAGGGGCACCACAGGAAAGGUCUGAAGCUCAAGAGAACAUCAGAGGGCCAAGAACUUUCAACAGUGGGGAUGUCAAGGUGAAGAGCGGCCCACUAGUAAUUAGUGAUGAGACGGAGGGUGUCGCCUCAUCAAAGCACCUGCCGGGCAGAAUUAGGAGCUCUGGGAGGAGCACACAUGACGACUUGAAACAUUCUCAGAGGCAGCAGAUUUGUGUGAAGGGGACGGAGUCGGACAGCAAAGAGGAGCCAAAAGAGUGUGGGAUGAGCCCUUCGGCCCCACUGCUGGGUCCCAGUAGCCUACAGAAGCUUACGGAUAUGUUAACGCGACAGGGGUGGGACGUGCCAGGCUCUGUGAAUAGAGCGUCCCGCCAAGACACUUUACAGUACUCUGGUAGCAGAGUGUCGCCCCCUUGCUGGAGAGGCGGGUACGUGUGGAAUACCUCGCCUAUAAUGGCAGAGCAGCCAUCCAGUAGGACUAGAAGUCCUCAGCUGUCUAGGUGUAAAGGUGUGCAGGAGCCAUGGUUCAAGACGUCUCCGGCUACCAAAGACCUGCCCUCUCCAGGUGACUGGCAGAGCCAAUGCUCGGACACGGGGGCUGCACGGCAGGCGGUGAGGCUGCACCUCUCCUCAGGGGCAGGUCUGAGGAUCCGAAUGGCCCAGGGGCCGGAGGUGGAGGUGGUCAUGCCCGAGGGGGCAGAGCUGACGAUCGACCUGCCCCCAACUCAGACCGAUGCUAUGGUGGAUGCCAUCAAAUUGCAAGAAAACCCAAUGCCAUUGCAAAGAUCGUGGGCACGAGAUCACCGCAUGAAGCAGGAUAAGGCUGUCGAGUAGGUGGACCACUGAGACUUGCCACUCAAUCAAGGAAUAUGGAAAGCACCAGCGGCCCACAGGAAGUGGUGCAGAUGCUCCUCCACUUGUGGCAGAAGACCUGAGAGGGGGAGGGGGGGUUUGGAAGACCCUGAAAGGAACUCCAGGGCGGUGUCUGCUCUGGGCCUCCAAGUGCGAAGUGGACUGUGAUCCACACCUCAGGAGAAGUAACAGCCCACCUGUGAGAGAAGACACCACAGUGAGGAUGACCACUGACACUGGUGUUGCUAUGUGGUUGGACAUUUUUAAGCAGGCCCACCGUCCUCCUAACCCAUUUGACGGGGUCUCGGGUUCACAGCAAGGACAAGUUUCUGCCAUUCUGUGACAGUAAACCCAAACGUGUUCUCAUUCUUAGCCAUCUGACUGUCGUGGGCCCGUGUCCGCCUGUUAGACCCUUUGCCCAUUUCGGGGAGACUUUUGAUUUCAUUUUCUCCUCAUUGCAUUUGCUGCUUGACAGUUAAACUGAAAAAAAUGACCAGCAACCAAAAUCCCACCGAAGACAAAAGCAAAGUGACCAAGGUGGGGGAGCUGCAUGGUGUGGGCACAUCUGGCACAUGAAGGACAAAGGAUCCAUCAGAAAACACACCACAUAAGGACCCUUGGCAUUUAAAGUGGCCCUUUUGUUAAUUACGACUGCGUCUCACGUUUGGUUCCCACUUUAUGUACCCAAAAUGCCAAGUGCCAGCAGCGUGGACUUGAGGCAGCUGGUCACACGUGUGGUGACUUGAUGACCUGUCAAUUCACAAAUGGGUCACAUGGAAGCAGUGAGACUUAAGGAAGUACAGAAGUGUAGAGGGUGCCCCCCGGUGGUCCAGCAGCCGUACCCAGGAUACCACUCUCUGAAAGUAUAUUUUUAUACUUUAAUGUGCUCCCCGUGUUUCCUUCGGCGUGGACACUGGAGGUGCAGGGUCUCUGACUGGGGGGGGGACAAAGUGACGACAAUGGAGCACCAGAUACAGCGAGAGUCCGCCACCGAUGACACAAGACGGAGUGUUUAUGUUUACAGUUUUUAAGAAGAUCCGUUUUAUUUUUUUAUGAAACAAAAUAAAAGUCCAAACACUUGAGGUCA